AGCAAAAAAGAAGGGGAGAGACACAACAAAGAGAGAUGGGAUCAGUGUCGCUGAAAAUCAGCGACAGCACCGCCAGAUUCGAGCGGGCAACGCUUUGCACAUCGGAGGUAAACCUUCUCAUGAUCCUUUCAGUGCUCACUACAAAUCUCUUCGCUCUCUACGCCUUCAAUUACUCCCCCAUCCACCUCCACGCCCACAAUCUCAAUCCUCACAAGAACAUCUCCUUGAUCUCCGAGCAUGUCUCCUUAAUCCUACGAGAGAUCGGUUCAUCCCAGAAAAAGCUCGCCAAGAUGGAGAAGGAGCUUCUAGGUUAUGACACCAUCGACAUCUCAAGACCCAAUAUUUCUAGUGAGCUCAAAUUGUAUCUCCAGCAUCACCAACUUCCUCUGGGGAAAGAUUCAAGAACUGGGAUCAUAGAGAUGGUGGCUUCUGUAGGCCAUUCCUGCGAGAGAUCGACCGAUUUGCUGUCGCAGUACAUGAACUACAAGGUUUUUGGUUCUUGCCCUGAUGAUUGGAGCCUUGCCCAGAAGUUGAUUCUUCGUGGGUGUGAGCCUUUGCCGAGGAGAAGAUGUUUUGCUAAAGGUGGGAGUAAGUUGGGCGGAGACUAACGGCGAGUGACUAAAUGCGUCCAGUUUUA